AGUCCCCUGCGCACAGUUCAAACUGGAAAAAUGGCGGGGACCUCUGAGUUUGUGGUUCUUAACUCUCCUUGUGACAAAGAGGCAGUAGCCGGGACAGACAGCCAGGCCUUCGUGUCUUCCAUCCCCCGAGAGGACUUUCGUGUGCGCUGCACCUCGAAGCGAGCUGUGAUGGAAAUGCUACAACUGUGUAGUUGCUUUGUGCAAAAGCUUGGGGACGCUCUGCCGGAGGAGAUUCGGGAGCUUGCGGUGCGAGACGCCCAGUGGACUUUUGAAUCAGCUGUGCAAGAAAAUGUCAGCAUUAACGGGAAAGCGUGGCAGGAAGCUUCAGAUAAUUGUUUUAUGGAUUCUGACAUCAAAGUACUUGAAGAUCAGUUUGAUGAAAUCAUAGUAGAUAUAGCCACAAAACGUAAGCAGUAUCCCAGAAAGAUCCUGGAAUGUGUUAUCAAAACCAUCAAAGCCAAACAAGAAAUUCUGAAGCAGUACCACCCUAUUGUACAUCCAUCGGACCUAAAAUGUGACCCUGAUCCAGCCUUUCAUAUGGAAAAUUUGAAGUGCAGAGGCGAAACAGUAGCUAAGGAGAUCAGUGAAGCCAUGAAGUCCUUGCCUGCUUUAAUUGAACAAGGAGAUGGAUUUUCUCAAGUUUUAAAGAUGCAGCCUGUUAUCCAGCUCCAGAGGAUCCACCAAGAAGUCUUUUCCAGUUGUUAUAGAAAACCAGAUGAUAAACUUGAGAGCUUUAUAGCACAAAUAGAAACCACACCAACAGAGACCGCUCCCAGGAAAACCUCUGACUUGGUAUUGAAAAGGAAACAAACUCAAGACUGCCCUGAAAGAAAACGGUAUCCAUUGCGGCGAAAGAGAAUUAAUCUUGAUACAUAAGUUCUUUGUGUUUAAUUUAGAAGUUGAGAAUAGGCACUGUCAACAUUUAGAUGACAGCCUAAUACCAGUACAAGACUUCCGUUCAACAAAUAACUCUUUAGUGAUUGACUUAUGCAAAUAUAGU